AUGGCACGCGUUCAGCAGAUUAUCUUGUUCGGUGAUCAAACCGAGGACUUUGGGUCACUCAGACAUCUUCUCACCCCCAACCGAGCACCCCUUCUAGAAAGCUUCCUCAACAAUGCCUUGCGUGGGUUGCGAACGGAGAUUGCCUCCCUUCCACUCCAGGAGCGUCAACAAUAUCCCUAUUUCUCCACAGUGGCUAGUAUUCUGGAUUGGAGGUCUCGCCAGCAAAAUGCCUAUCCAGCUAUCGAUAGUGCUUUGACUUGCAUUAACCAGCUGGCGCAAGCUCAAAGCACUACCACUACCUACACCAAUACCUCAAGUACCAUCAUUGGCGGUCUGUGCCUUGGUUCUCUGUCUGCAGCAGCCGUGAGCUGCUGCCAGGUAAUCUCUCAGCUGCCAGAUCUGGGCACACAAACCAUCCGAGUAGCUUUCCGCACAGGUCUGCAGGUCUCGCGGGUUGGACGCACCGUUGACCAAUCUACCACGGAAUCGUGGUCUUUGGUGGUUGCGACGCGAUCUCCAGACGACAUAUUGCAUCGCAUUGAUCGAUUUACAGAAACCAAGCAUCUACCUUUACAUGCUCGACCUUACAUCAGUGCUUAUCUGCCACAUGCUGUUACCAUCAGUGGCCCGCCCACUAGCCUGGACAGCCUACAGAAGUCUACUGAAUUUGCUACUCUUUCUCCACGGACAAUUCCGAUCUUUGGUCCCUACCAUUCGGCUUCUCUCUUCACUGCGAGCGAUUCUGAUAACAUCCUGGGCGGGAUUUUCCCCACCGAAGACGCUGGAACCUCUCCCAAUGUGUCAUUCAUUUCUAGUACAAGCGGCAGACCUGUACAGGAAACCGAUGUGCGAUCUCGAUUCGAAUCUGCUCUGGGCCAGAUUCUCCUAGAGACUAUGCGUUGGCAGAGCCUUGUAAAUGGCAUGAUAGCGGCCCUUCCUGCAUCUGAUUCCCCCGAUGCCCCACAGUUCCACGUUCAAGCAUUUGGAAGUACAGCGGGGGCUCGGUUGGCUGAAGCAAUCGAAUCUGCUACCAGUCUCACCCGCCAUCAGCCUUCUCCCAGCCCUAACCCGACACCAAAGAAGACAGGACAGACUGAUUCUUCUAAGAUUGCGAUCAUCGGAUACUCAGGUAGAUACCCUCACGCCGAGUGUAACGAAGAAUUUUGGGAUCUGCUCAUCCGAGGCCUCGACGUCCACGAGGUUGUGCCAGCCUUGCACUGGGAUGCACGAACCCACGUCGCUGAGCCGGGACAGGCGAGGAAGAACACAAGCGCCACACCUUUUGGGUGCUGGUUGCAAAAUCCGGCGGCGUUUGAUGCCCGCUUCUUCAACCUCUCUCCUCGCGAGGCCCCUCAAGUGGACCCGGCUCAGCGCAUUGCCCUUAUGACAGCCUACGAGGCCAUGGAGCGCGCAGGAAUGGUGCCAAACGCCACUCCAUCCACGGCCAAGGACCGAGUCGGUGUUUGGUACGGUGUCACGUCUAACGACUGGAUGGAAACCAACACCGCGCAGAACAUUGACACUUACUUCAUCCCUGGCGGCAACCGCGCCUUUAUUCCCGGUCGUCUCAACUAUUGCUUCAAAUUUAGUGGUCCUAGCUAUGCGGUCGAUACAGCUUGCUCGUCGAGUCUGGCGGCUAUUCACCUUGCCUGUAACGCUUUGUGGCGCGGCGAGGUUGACACGGCCAUUGCCGGCGGUACAAAUGUUCUAACCAACCCCGACUUCACAGCUGGACUCGAUCGAGGUCACUUUUUGUCCCGAACUGGCAAUUGUAAGACUUUCGAUGACACCGCCGAUGGGUACUGUCGUGGUGAAGGUGUCGGAACCGUGAUUCUGAAGCGCCUAGACGACGCGUUGGCCGACCGUGACCCAAUCUGCGGUGUCAUUCUAAGUGCAUCCACCAAUCACUCCGCCGAGGCCGAGUCCAUCACUCGUCCUCACUCUGGGGCACAGCAGGAGCUCAUUCAGAGCCUGCUCCGUACGGCCGGAGUGUCACCCUAUAGCGUCAGCUAUGCCGAAAUGCAUGGAACAGGGACACAGGCCGGAGAUUCCGGUGAAAUGAACUCUGUCCUGUCGACUUUGGCACCACCUUCUGUGCCAUAUCGAACAGAGGAUCAGCCUCUGUAUCUGGGCUCAGCCAAGGCCAAUAUUGGUCACGGAGAGGCCGCCUCCGGAGUAUCGAGUCUGAUCAAAGUAAUGCUGAUGAUGGAAAACAAUGCAAUCGCUCCUCACUGUGGCAUCAAAACCCGCAUCAAUCGCAAGUUCCCGACCGAUCUUGACGAUCGCAAUGUUCGCAUUGCGAAGGAAGCCAUCCCGUGGACCUCACAAGAGGGUGAACCGCGUCGAGUGCUCCUGAACAACUUCAGUGCUGCCGGUGGUAACACUGCUCUGCUAUUGGAGGAUGCCCCGCCAGUCCUUAGGGAUGACGAACUCGAAGAUCCUCGAACGUACCACGUCCUCGCCGUGUCGGCCAAAUGUGCGUCUUCUCUCGAAGCAAAUGUCAAGUCACUUUUGGGCUACAUCGAGGCUAGUGGAGAUGACAUGUCAUUGUCGCGACUCGCCUACACGACGACUGCUCGUCGCAUGCAUCACCCACACCGCGUCAUUGUGCAGGGCUCCAACGUGACUGAAAUCCAACACCAGUUGCGAUCUGCCCUUGCACGCGGCGAUGGGGCCAAUCGACCCCCCGUGGCACCAAAGGUAGUCAUGGCAUUCACUGGACAAGGAAGCCAAUUUGUCGGAAUGGCACGACAACUUUACGGCUCUCUACCACCGUUCCGUGCUAGUCUACAGCUCCUUGACCGCAUUGCUCAAUCACUAGGCUUUGAAAGCUUCCUUCCAUUCAUCGAGGAUCAUUCUGAUUCCAAUCUGAAGCGGUUCUCGCCCAUGACAGCGCAGCUUGCGAGUGUUUGUCUUCAAAUUGCCCUGGCACGAUUGUGGGCAUCAUUUGGAGUCAUUCCCGACGCAGUGGUCGGACACAGCCUGGGCGAAUAUGCUGCUUUGAAUGUGGCGGGCGUUUUGUCGGAUGCUGAUACUGUCUUUUUGGUGGGUAAGCGAGCACAGCUCCUCGAGGAGCAUUGCACCCUGCACACACACAGCAUGCUGGUGGUACGCGCCUCGGUGGAGACUAUCCAAUCUGCCGUAGCUGGGAUGGAAUAUGAAAUUGCAUGCAUCAAUGCGCCCGAAGAGACAGUUUUGGCCGGACCUAACGACCAAAUUGAGGCACUCCAACAAGCCCUAUCGCAGUCUGGUGUGCGCUCUAAGACAAUCCCUGUAUCAUAUGCGUACCAUUCUUCUCAGGUGCAGCCCAUCCUGGACGAUCUUGUCCAAGCAGCCCAGCCUGUCGUUUUCAACGCACCCUCUAUCCCAGUCUUGUCGCCAUUGUUGGGAGAUGUCGUUCAAACGGAUGGAAUCUUUGGGCCAGAAUACCUGCAGCGACACUGUCGGGAGACAGUCAACUUCUACCAAGCAAUGCAGUCCGCACGUGCUGCCGGCACCAUUUCCGAUAAAACCCAGUACCUCGAGGUCGGGCCCCAUGGAGUGGUAGCAGGACUGAUCAAGGCUUGCUCCAAGGCAUCUCAAACCAACGCCGUUCCUACCUUGCAACGAGGUCGCGACGACUGGGAAAGCUUGGGCGAAGCCUUGUCAAGCUUGUAUCGAGCUGGGCGGGACAUUGCCUGGCACGAGUACCACAGGUCUUUCCCGGCCGCUCAACAAGUGCUUCGCCUUCCAGCCUAUAACUGGAACUUGAAAGACUACUGGAUUCAGUAUGUGAACGAUUGGUCCUUACGCAAAGGGGACCCACCACUCAUCCAGUCUGCUCAUCUUGGCGAGUCUACUACCGUUCACCGGGUUGUUGAGGAGAGUAAAGACUCUAUUGUGGUGGAAUGUGACCUAUGUCGCGAGGAUUUGAGUCCUAUUGUGCAAGGUCACAACGUGGACGGAAUCCCUCUCUGCACGCCGUCGGUUUAUGCGGAUAUCGCUUUGACAGUCGGCAACUAUCUCCGCGGCCGUCACCAAUUUGCUGAUGUCGACUCUGUUGUUGAAAUAGCAGACAUGACUAUCCACAAGGCGCUCAUCGCAAAGCCUAUUGGUACCCAGCUUCUACGCGCAUCUGUCAGUGUUGACUGGGAGGCUGGCAGCGCCAUGUGCCGAUUCUUAUCUCUUGAUUCCAAGGGGGAACCCACAAUCGAGCACUCGCACUGCACCAUUCUGCUUUCGAGCCCCAGUCACCGUGCUUCACUCGAGGCAGAAAGAGCUUCCAUUCAGAAGCGGAUGUCGGAGAUGCGGGCAGGCCUGGAGCCCGGUACUACCCAAAGAUUCAACCGUGCCAUGGUGUAUAAGAUGAUCCGCCCACUAGCAGAAUUCCACCAGGACUACAGGACCAUUGAGGAGGUGCUCAUUGACAGCAAGACUCUUGAGGCCUCUGGUAAAGUCUGCUUCUCCGAGGUACAGGCCCCUGGAAACUUCCAUACCCACCCGUCUUAUCUCGAUGGUCUGGCUCAGUCCAGUGGUUUCGUGAUGAACUGUAAUGAUGAUGCAGAUCUCGACAAGGAAGUGUUUGUCAACCAUGGAUGGAAGGGCCUGCAGUUAUAUGAGCCAUUGCGACCAGAUGCACACUACAACACUUUCGUCCGAAUGGUCGAGGGAGAAAGCCGCAUGUUCGAGGGUGACAUGAUCGUUCUAGACGGAGACACAGUCGUCGCGAGUUACAAGGGCCUGGUGUCCCAAGGAGUCCCCCGACACAUUUUGCGAUAUGUGCUAUCGAUGGAAAGCGGGGACAAGGCCCUGAUAGCUUCUGCAAAGCAAGCCCUGGUGCGAUCUGCAAAGCAGACGCCAAAGCCUGCAGCAUCCGUCGCAGUUGCAGCAGCCCCGGUGCCUAUAAGGCGCGUUGAAAAGAUUUCUUCUUCGACAGCAGCCCAGGUUCCGGCUGUGGCAAGCAAUUCAUCCUACCUUGUGGCGUCCGCGCUGAAGAUCAUUUCAGAGGAAAGUGGAGUCGCACUCGCAGAGCUAGAGGAUACCUGUGUCUUCGCGGAUAUGGGACUGGACUCCCUCCUUUCUCUAGUCAUUACAAGUCGUUUCCGUGAAGAGUUGCCUCUCGAUGUGCCCGUCGAAGGAUUUUUCAUCACGUACCCGACCGUGGCUGAGUUGCGAUCUUUCCUUGGCCAGCAUGAAAGUAGCGAUGCACCGCAAGCAUCAGUCCUCCCUGUUGUGGUAGCCCCCCUACCCGCCAUGACCAUUGCUCUUCCGCAGCCUGUGGUGGCUUCAAGCUCUGCCAGCUGGACAACUGCCCUUUCUAUCAUCUCCGAAGAGAGUGGAAUUAGCAUCUCCGAGCUCACAGAUGACUGUGUCUUUGCCGACAUGGGAAUUGACUCGUUACUUUCUCUUGUCAUCGUCAGUCGAUUCUCUGAGGAGCUGGAGAUGGACAUUGCGCUGGAGUCCAUCUUUACUGACUAUCCGACUGUGGGCGAGAUCAAGGUUCUUUUCCUGUCAGAUCAGCCCAGCAGCGAUAACACCUCUUCGUCUCCAAGCUCAAUUGAUGGCAACAAUGUGACCCCAUCCUCAGAGACUUCGGAAUUUUUCACCCAAGAGGAUGAAACAAACGUGAAGCCCACACGCUCUCCCGUGCCACAGACCACCUCUGUCUUGUUGCAAGGAACACCCUCCAAGACUGAGAAGACUCUCUUCCUCUUCCCUGAUGGUGCUGGCUCCGCCACAUCGUAUGCCGGAAUCCCUCGUGUAGAUCCCAACGUCUCCGUUGUGGGCCUCAACUCCCCCUACCACCGCCAACCCCAUCUCUUUGAUUGCACUGUCGACGAUCUAAUUAAGAGUUAUGUCGUUGAAGUCCGGCGCCGCCAACCUAACGGACCAUAUCACUUCGGUGGCUGGUCCGCGGGCGGAAUUCUAGCCUACCGUGCCACACAGAUGAUGAUGGAGGAAUUCCACGAAACGGUCGCUAGUCUAGUCCUCAUUGACAGCCCCGUGCCUCAUGGGCUCGAUCGCCUCCCACAGCAUUUCUACGACUACUGCAAUAAGGUGCACCUUUUCGGGGGUCAGGGUGACGGCAAGACGGCCAAGGCACCAGAGUGGCUGGUUCCUCACUUCAAUGCCACAAUCGACACACUGCACGAAUACUACGCAUCUCCACUUCUGCAGUCAGAUGGGGAAACCCCACGCGUGUCGAUGAUUUGGGCCUGUGAUAGCGUUAUGGAUGGUGCAGAUAUUCCACGACCACCAUCUUGUCCCGAGGACACGGAAGGGAUGAAAUUCCUAACAGAGGCUCGGACUGACUUCUCGGAUAAUGGCUGGGCAACGCUGUUCCCCAGUUCGUCACCACGUAUUGAGCGGGCGCAUGGUGCAAACCAUUUCACUAUGAUGAGGGGGGAGUUUGCCCCAAAGCUUGCCUCUUUUAUUCGCGAGUCCCUAUGA